UUUUCAAGCCCCCACAAACUGAUUCCACAACGAACUCUCUCAUCUCCACGUCAAAUUAAAACCAACAAGUUGCGUGCAAAGACCCACAUGGUCCAUGUCUACUAGCCCGGAGGCCGGAGACGUCUUUUAACGUUCCCCUUGCCCUUUUUCCUCUCACGACUACGAUCGAUCCGGCCCGGCCCAGCUUCCUCCUUCCUUCCUUCCUUCCUUCUCUUCCUCUCCCUAUCGGUUCUCUCUACAUAACCAAAAGGGAAUCCGGGAAGCAUUUUAAAGGAAGUGCAGAGUGAGAACUGAGAAGAGAUAGCAGAGCAGAGGAUCGGAGUGGACGGUGGUAGAGAAGAAAGGGAAUCAGUCAGGUCAUCAAUGGAGAUCGCCAUGGCGCCGCCGAGCGCGCCGUGCAGCCCGAGGACGGCGGCGGGCGACCACCACCACCUCCUCCCUGGCUACUGCUACUUCUUCUCCAGCGCGCCCACCAGCCCCUCCAGGACCAGCUGCUACGCCCCCGCCGCCGACGACGACUCCGCUUCCGCCGCGGCCUUCGACUUCGCGAUCGGGUUCAGCGGCCAGCUGCGGGACUCCGCGCAGCCAACCCUCGCCGCCGCCGACGAGCUCUUCGAGGGCGGCCGGAUCCGCCCGCUCAACCCCACCGCCACCUUCCCCGCCGACGACGACCGCCGCCGCCGCCCCUCCCCACGCUCUCCCCGCAGAUCGAAACCAGAGCCGCCGGCGCCGGAGACGAGGGGCAGGUCCGCGCGCCCAGGCCCUGCCGCCGCCACCUCUCGGAGGACGACGCGGUCGCUUUCCCCUUUCAGAGGAGCCCCCGCCAUGGACGACGAAGAAGACGAGUUAUCCUCUUCCUCGCCUCCGAGCAGAGGCGCGUCCCUGAUGCGGGGCUGCGGCAGCGGGAGCAGCCGGAAAUGGCGGCUGAAGGACCUCUUCCUGUUCCGCAGCGCGUCGGAGGGCCGCGCCACGGGGAACGGCAAGGACCCGCUGCUCAAGUACACCAUGCUCAAGGCCACCGGCGGCGGCCAUGGCGGAGGAGGAGACUCGGGAAGCGCGUCCAUGCGGAUCAAGGGGAGGGGUUCCGCGGCGUCGGCGAGCGACAUGGCGCCGUAUUACGCGGUGGCCGCAGAGGAGACGCGGCGGCGGAGGACGUCGACGACGCCGCUGCCCUUCCACCGGAACAGCCUCUUCGGGUACCUCCGGUCCAACCCGGCCAUCCACACCAUCAGCCGGAAGCUCGGCGGCUCCAACCGCGGCAGGCCUGCUGCUGCUGCCGCUGCCGCCAAUGCCUGAGUUGAUAGUUACUACUUGAUCAACGAAGGACGCAUGCAUGACGCUGUCCUGGAGGAAGAAGAAGAACCAAAAAAAACAGAGCAGCUCUAUUCGUUCGUUUCUGAAGCUUGAUUUUCCUACCCAGUUUUUCUUUCUUUCUUCUCGUUAAGUUCCCUGUGUGAACCAACCACAAAGGUUCGUUUUCAUACAAGUUGUAGAUACAGAUAUGUACAUGGGAAUGGUUCGCAAAGAUUUUGGAAAACUAGUUACAAUUCGCAAGGAUUUCGGAAACAA